GCGCGGCUCCUCUCUAAAAAUACGAGCAUCUGACCGGAGCCAACCCAAUUGUGUUCGCCUGCUCCGCAGAGGACGCUGCUGCGAUGUCCGAGACCGCUCCCGCUGCCGCCCCCGAUGCGCCCGCGCCCGGUGCCAAGGCCGCCGCCAAGAAGCCGAAGAAGGCGACGGGCGGCUCCAAAGCCCGCAAGCCCGCCGGCCCCAGCGUCACCGAGCUGAUCACCAAGGCCGUGUCCGCCUCCAAGGAGCGCAAGGGGCUCUCCCUCGCCGCGCUGAAGAAGGCGCUGGCCGCCGGCGGCUACGAUGUGGAGAAGAACAACAGCCGCAUCAAGCUGGGGCUCAAGAGCCUCGUCAGCAAGGGCACCUUGGUGCAGACCAAGGGCACCGGCGCCUCCGGGUCUUUCCGCCUUAACAAGAAGCCUGGAGAAGUGAAGGAAAAAGCCCCCAAGAAGCGGGCAGCCGCAGCCAAGCCGAAGAAGCCGGCGGCCAAGAAGCCUGCCAGCGCUGCUAAGAAGCCCAAGAAGGCGGCGGCGGUGAAGAAGAGCCCCAAGAAAGCCAAGAAGCUGGCGGCUACUGCGGCCAAGAAAGCCACCAAGAGCCCCAAGAAAGCCGCCAAGGCAGGCCGCCCCAAGAAGGCAGCAAAGAGCCCGGCCAAGGCUAAGGCGGUGAAGCCCAAAGCAGCUAAGCCGAAGGCAGCGAAGCCCAAAGCGGCCAAAGCGAAGAAGGCGGCGCCCAAGAAGAAAUAAAUUAUACCAGGAGAGUCCUGCUUUACAUCUUUUGUUUAUCCAACGGCUCUUUUAAGAGCCACCCACACUUUUCCUAAAGGAGCUGAGGCACCAAGGUCGUGAGUAACCUGCAGUAAGGAUCCAGCAAUUCGUAAGUUGUCAGAGGUCCAUUGUGUCUUGGUGUAUCCCCUACGAUUACUGAAAGAAACCCUAACGAGCACGGUGUAAAGAAACGGCUUUAGGGAAGUGAAGACUUUAAAUCUCUUUUAUCCGGGUAAUUGGUUUGACUACCUGGAAACAAUGUUUUGUAGUAAUGAUUUGAUAGAAAUCGAAUUUACGGUUUUUUUAAGAAUAUAUUUUCUAACAAAAGGCACGCUACUACUGAGCCAUGUUUAAUAUAUUGUAUUAUUUCUCUUAAAAGUGUCUACUGAAAUGGUUUUGUCUGUUUGGGGGAGGAAAGGAGAGGGUCUCCUUAGUGACUCGAAAAUAGCCUGUAAGCGCUCCCAUUCCUUUUGUUCCCGAUGAGAAAGAAAAAGCUUUAAGUAUUGAAAAAACCCGCCCUGACCAAGGAUUGGCCAGCAGAGAGCCCGGCCCGCUGCCCCUUCCCCCCCCCUUCUCUGAAGACGACUACGCCGCGUUCUCUGGUGCAGUUUCAGCCACUCCCGGAGAAGAAAAAAGCGGAAGAGGGGGGACAGGAGCUCCCCGCGCAGUACUGGGUUCCCGUGUUAUCUGGCAUAAGGACUGAACAAAAAAUAUCCUGUAGCAGGAAGAAAUGGCUUUGACAGGACUUUUUAACACGACUUUGUAUUAACGAUGGAAAGCGUUGCUACUAUCACCAAGCCAAAAAUACAGUUAAUAAACAGAGAAAACAAGACGAAA